CAUAAAAUAUAUGAAAGGAAAUUGUGGGAAAAAAAAAGAUCCAAAAAGAAAAAGAAAAGAAAGUAAGAUAAAAGCAGCCACAAGUGAGAACGAAUCUUUUGUAGAAGAGAAGAAACAAACAUGGAGUUGGAAGCUCUGCUGUGCAAGAGAUCGGAUGAUCCAACAUCUUCAUAAGCUGUCAGCCCUCAAGGUCAGCAGAAACUAUCCCAUCCCAUAAUUUGACUCCCCAACCCCAACUGCAGUGCACCAGCUUCAACUACCAACAGAAGUUUCCCCUCUCCGGUUAUGCCAAGUUCAAGGAGGCCAACCACAACCUUGAAGACCCUCCCUGUCGCCUUGGGACCUCAAAUGAAGCUCUUGCUCACAGACCUAACUUGACCCCUUGUCACCCAGGAUAUAAGCAGUAACUAUUUCAUACUGGUAUUGCUGGUUCUUGCUGCCGCUGGAGGCCUUGGCGUUUCUGCUGUUCAAAUUGGCAAGGUUUGCGGCGCACUAGUCAUUGCUGUUGUCAGACAAAGAGUAAGGUCAUCCAACACAAGAGAUGGUGGGGACUACUAUUUCUAGCACCACUUCUACACAGAUAAUGAUAAUACAGAGAGGUGGUAGUGGUGCUGCUUUUCCAUCCAAAUCCAUGGAAUUGCGAUGGAUACGCAGCAACAGUAGAAGAAAGAACUCAAACCUAAGUUCAAGGGAGUUCGGCGGCUUAAAAUCAAUACCACCACCACUGGUGAUGCCAAUUUACAUAUCAACGGACCCUUCACACAUUAAUAUUCAAGAGCUCAGUGAACUGUACACUUGUUGCAACCAUUCCUGCCACCGAUUCCCUAAGGUGGACCCACACACCGGCAUAGUUCAAGAAGUCAUGGACUUGGACAAGCUCCACAUUGCUCUCUCCCACAGUUGUGUGGUUGUUUCAGUCUUCUGCAAACCUCAGCAUGCCAAGGUGACUAACACCACUAAACAAAACCAAAGCCAAGAACAGCAGGAGCAAAUAAAAACAGGUCUUGUAGGAGAUUUGAUGGAGAAUGUGAUGCCUGUCAACCCUUCCAAUGGUCAGCUUGUGGGCUUUGGCCGUGCUGUUUCUGAUCUAGGAUUGACUGCAUCCAUCUACGAUGUCAUGGUUGUUCCUACUUUACAAGGCAUGGGAAUUGGGACAAUAAUAGUUAAAAGGAUUGUAAGAAUGCUCACAAGUAGAGAUAUUUAUGACAUAGCUGCUCUUUGUUCCAGAAAGGAGAGGUUCUUCUUCAAAGCAUGUGGAUUCAGAGAUGAUAUCUUGGGCUCUACUACGAUGAUGUAUACUAGGACAGUUUCAAGUACUCGUUUUGAAGGUGAGCGGAUGGUUAAACAAGCUGGUCGAAAACUGUUGUUAGUUCCAUCACUCCAAUUGCCGUUAGCAUCUUCCAAGACAACUAAACCACAAAGUUGAACCUCAUCAAACAUAUGGAUUUAGAAAGGCCGAGAAAUUAUUUCCUUUAUGCAUUCAAGCUUCAGUUUCUUUUUUAUCUUAGAAGAUUGCCCAUUUAUUCUCUAGUCACAUAUUGAUUUUGAAGUAUGAUGUAUGUGAGUUUAGUUUUCUGCAAUUACACUUGGUGGACCGAAACGGAUCGAGUUCGUGGAGAAGUUGAAACAAGAAAUAAUUCGGGCUACUCAUCCAAAAUUUGUGCUUAUUAUUCAUUAUCUAUUGUUUUUUAUACAA